CGGGAAACACAUGUCGUUUGAAAACAUUGCAUGAGAUGAUCAUUUUGUCCACAAUUUGGUGGUCAUUAUUGGAUUACAGUUACAACUGAUCACUGGUGACAAUGGUGAAGCUCCUGGAGCUUUCAAAAUUCAGUUUAGACCGCUUUAUAGUCAACAAUCCGGCCCUUCCUGUGGACUUUAUUAGGAACGCCUACUAUAACGGCAUCGGAAGACACGUGUGUCAACUGCAGAGGAUUACAGUGAAGUUCUGUAAGAACAGUACGGAUGCGAAGGGUGUCCGACAGUUCAUUGAGACAGAUCUGGUGGACUGGAGCCGACACAACCCCGGA